AUGAGGCCCAACGAGCGGCGGGCCAAAGGCACGAAGAGGAAUACUUCAGCAGAUUGGAAAAAUGACGUUCAGAUCAGCCAUUUAAAGCAUGUCAAUUCCAUUAUAAAUGAUGCACUAAAUAAUAUCAAGGCACAAGCAAGAGAAAAAAACACUGCAACAGCCCUGCAAUGUCAAGAGACGGCAAGAUUAGAAUUAAAAAGCAUAACGCAGUCCGCUUAUAAUCAGAUUACGGGAUGUACCUAUCCAUCAAGUUCGGAAGGUGUUGCAAUUAAUUGCGCCCAAAAAGUUGAUUCAAUUGUAUUCGAGCAAUCCUUGAUCGUCUCUAAUACCGCAUCUGAUUGUAUUAGAAAUAUGUAAUUAUAAUAUUAUAAACUGAUAUUUUUGGGGCAGUAAAUUUGUCUAAAAAAUUCUCUUUGACUUUUGUAAAAACGUCCUUAGUUUAAUAUA